UUGUGGCCGAGAAGGAGGCAGGGAGGCGAGGAGCGAGGGCAGUCGGAGCUGCAGCACCGCAGACGCCGGACAGCGCCAGCUUGCAGGAGGAAGGAAAGAAAGGAAGAAGGAAGGAAAGAGGAAAAGGUAAAAGGAGGGAGCUUCAGGCUGGAGCAGAGCGGAGGGGGCAGAGGAGGAGGAGGAAGAGGAAGAGGAGGAAGAGCCUUGCUAUUCCAGCCGCCACCCUGAAAGUUCGCCGCAACUUCCCACCAUGGAAGGCAAAGAACCCCAGCUGAAAGGAAUCGUGACAAGGUUAUUCAGCCAGCAGGAGUUCUUCCUGCAGAUGCACCCCGACGGGACGAUUGAUGGGACCAAGGACGAAAACAGUGACUACACCCUCUUCAAUCUGAUUCCGGUGGGGCUCCGUGUGGUGGCCAUCCAGGGCGUGAAGGCCGGCCUCUAUGUGGCCAUGAAUGCCGAGGGCUAUCUCUACAGCUCAGACAUCUUCACCCCGGAGUGCAAGUUCAAGGAGUCCGUCUUCGAGAACUACUACGUCAUCUACUCUUCCACGCUCUACCGGCAGCAGGAGUCCGGCCGGGCCUGGUUCUUGGGCCUCAACAAAGAGGGGCAGAUCAUGAAGGGGAACCGGGUGAAAAAGACCAAACCAUCCUCACAUUUUGUACCAAAACCCAUAGAAGUGUGCAUGUACAGAGAGCCUUCCCUGCAUGAAAUCGGAGAGAAACAAGGCCGCUCCAGGAAAAGCUCGGGGACGCCCACCAUGAACGGAGGCAAAGUGGUCAACCAGGACUCCACAUAGCCGGGGGAGCCCCCGCCAACAUGGCCGCCACCGCCUCGCUGACCCCCGCAUCCGACCUUUGACCAACUGACCAACCAACCAACCGUCCACUUGCUCACGGAGACGCCAUCAGCGCCCCGCGGAGCAGGCAGGGGCUCCCAAGGAGUGGACGUGGGUUCGGGACUCCGCUGCCCUUCCUUCCUUCCUCUUUUCUUUCUCUCCUUCCGCUUAUCCUUCUUUUCUUCCUUCCUUCCUUCCUUCCUUCCUUCCUUCCUUCCUUCCUUCCUUCCAUCCCUCGGCCUGUGCUUGGAACGGGGAGGCCUUGCCUGGUUCGGCGCCUUUGGCGACGCGACACACCAACACCGAAACCCACACGACAACGCCCGGCGAAGAGGGGCGGAAACGGCGAAAACAACGCGCAUAGAUCUAUUUUCAAUCAGGACUCCAUUAACAUGAAAUAAAUAUAAAUAAUAUAUAUAUAAUAUAUAUAAUAUAUAUAUUACAGAAAUAUAUAUAUCACAAAACAGCAAAGCUGUUUGCUCUGUGAUCAAAGAUUGGGAGGGGAGGGAGGAGGAAUUGUUCAUCUCUGCAUAAGAAAUAACAAUGAUUAAAAAAUAUAUAAUAAUGAUGACGACGAAUUAAUUCUUAUUAUCUAACAGUAAUAAAUUGCGUAAUAAAGGUGUUAUCUUUGAGAAAAAAAAUAAUAAAAAAUACACAUUUGCUUUUGGAGAAUCAAA